ACCUAGGAAUAAAUCCAAAACGUCGAGGUCUCGACGAGCCUUUAAUUUAUAUUACACAAAUUGUUGUGGACAUAGUCAACCUCCUACUAAGAGAGGGAGACCAAUCCCCAGGAAAGGGAAGUCCGGCUAACUCUAUAUUUUUUAUAAAUUUACUAUAUAGGAUAGGGGCAGGUCUCGUUCUGUUGAAAGUGUUCGUAGCGCUGCUGGUUUAGUUCCCCACUCGGAUUGUCGGGGGAGGGGAAUUAUUUGGUUUGAAACUCUCUAUCUAAGAGUCUUAGGUUCUAGAAAACCUUAAAGUCAGAUGCAAGCUUAGUUGAGUUCAGUUACGCCAAGUAAUUGCAUAUAGAGAAGAGAAGUAGCCGUUGAAGCAAUAUAAAUAUCAUAAGAGAGAGAAGAAAGCUAGUUUUUUGCCCACCAAAUCCCAUGUCUUUCUUGGUUGGUAAACCCAACCGGCGAUUUACAUUACAACAAGUCUUUGCUAAAAGAAAGCAAAGCGGAUAACUUUUACUGUGAAUAUAUAAUCAUGCCAAGCUGGCGCGAGUUUUUUAGAGCAAGAAAAGAAUAUGAACGAGGAGAAAGCAUUCGUUAUCUUUAUAUGGAUAGCCAAUUCUUAUUAAGAUAUUGUUUGUAUUCUUUACCCGGAAAAUGGGUUUACUAUUUUGAAAGAUCGGAACAUGGGAAUAGAUAUGGUACCAAAACGGACUACCUAUUUCAAUUUUUGUGCUUUCUUAAAUUGCAUACCUAUACAAGGGUUCAAGUUUCGAUCGAUAUUUGCGGAGUUGAUUAUCCCUCUCGAAAACGAAGAUUUGAAGUGGUCUAUAAUUUACUGAGUACUCGGUAUAACUCACGCAUUCUUAUACAAACCAGUGCAGACGAAGUAACACGAAUAUCUCCGGUAGUCAGUCUAUUUCCAUCAGCCGGCCGGUGGGAGCGAGAAGUUUGGGAUAUGUUUGGUGUUUCUUCCAUCAAUCAUCCGGAUCUACGCCGUAUAUCAACAGAUUAUGGUUUCGAGGGUCAUCCAUUACGAAAAGACCUUCCUCUGAGUGGAUAUGUAGAAGUACGCUAUGAUGAUCCAGAGAAACGUGUGGUUUCUGAACCCAUUGAGAUGACCCAAGAAUUUCGCUAUUUCGAUUUUGCUAGUCCUUGGGAACAGCAUAAGCGACGGAUAAUUCAGAAAUAAUCAUAAUAGGUCCAGCUCUAUAGGAUAGGGGACAAAUCAAUAGGAAAUGCUAUUUGCUUUGUAAGAAGAAGAAUAAACUGAUAUGAAAUGAAAGAGUUCGCGGGAAUUGUCUUGAUCGUCGGAUAUCAUUUUCAAAUAGUAGUUAGAAGUCUUAUCGAACGAUUUCCUGCAAUUCUUCCCAGUAUGUCAUGAGUAAAGAAUCCAGCUACAACUCUCGAUCUAUACAAAACGCACUUGGUUUUUGUGUUUAUUUCGGUUUCAUUGAUAGCAGAAGAGCCUGACUCUAUAGGAUUAGGGGCACUAGCGCUUUAUUUUAAAAAGAAAAAGUAAAAAGUAAAGGGGCCUGAAAACGUAAUAGGCUGCUAUUCUAGGCUCGCUCCGCCCCUUAUUGGAAAACUAAAGCGCUAACGCGCCUUAUAUUCUUUUUUUUUAGUAAAGCAAAGCAACCUUUCGCGCCAGGCGCUCACGUUUUUUGUCGUCUGGGUGGAAGCUGGCGGCUGGGCUUGCUUAACCGUAUAUAUGGAAUCGGGACUCGCCCUGGAUCUCCGAAUAGCCUCACCUGAAACUGGUAGACACACUGAGCCACCACGUACCCCUCUCGCCCGUCGUAUGCUAUGGAUGGUCACACUAGCCCCUCGAUGGCAUGGCGGGAUUUCCCAUUGACUGUUCCUGAGGUGAGGUCAUUCAUUCUUUCUUUUGGGAGAUCCUUAAUCCUGGAAAGAAGGAAAGGCAUCAAUCCAGACCGGCAGCACCCGAAAAGGAGUCUUAGCUUUAGGUAGUCUUUCCACGCUUGGCUUUGCUAGGCAGGCUUCCCCGGUCGUACCGUUCGUAAAUUCCUUCCGUUCUCCGCCAGCCAAUUCUUUUUUUAUUUUAUUUUGCUUCCAUUGUCUUGCUGAACUGCUUUUCCUGUUGAAGCUUUUACGGGGGCUUUUGCUCAUGCCGAUUCAGAAUGCUUUAUCAUAAAAAUAUUAAAUAUCUCUUUUGUGUCCAUUCACCGAGACGAGCACAAGACAGUGCUUGGAGAUUAGAUCUUGUCUUCUUUCGCUUGGUUUCCCCAGGUGGUGCGGUUGGGGAGUAGAGACCUCGAUGCCGGGUCGUUCCAAAGUGACUUGCUAUUGCUGCUGCAGUGCUUCUUGUUCAUCAUCCAGGAAUUUCUUUAGAAUCUUUGCCUUCCUUACCAGGAAUUGGAUUCGAACCAAGUAUAAGAUAUUAAAAAUGUCGGAGAAUACCCGGUAUUUGAGUUUUUAGCAUUAACACGAUUAAAUCUUCUUUUUUCCUAGCCGAUUCUUCCCUUCCUUCUCUUCUAACUCCCCGCCCCGGGUUUAGCUCCCGACUGGAGGGAGAGGGGCAAGGCAUUAGGGAUAGCUGCUUUCGUCUCCAGUAAUGGAUGGAUAAGGUGGUAGUGCAAAAUUUCGGAGUAGCCGUAAUGGAAGAACUUUUAGCUUGGUUGUCCGGCCCUCUUCACCGAUCUCCUAGCCCUACGAAUCAAACAUCUCCGGGCAUCUGGUUUCAAAGAGAGAUUGGUUAGUCGCCUUCUGUUCAUUCUUACCCCUGACUACCGGACCCCAUUGGUUAAGUUGGGGCAGGAAUAGCUAUCGGACUACGAUCACAGGCCGGGCCGACCCUCCUUUAUUAUAGUCCAGUUGGAGAGGGAAAAGUCCCAUCCGUUCCAGAAGUCGCAGAGAAAUGGAAGGCUUUAAUACCAAAAACUACGGAGGCAUGAUCUAAAAAUGGGUAAGCCCGGUGGUUCAAGUUGAGCCUAGCCAACAACCAACAUAAGCUUCUAGGGAGAGUAGGAGCUCCUGUUGCUCCAACCAUUCUAGUGAACCGGUCGAGACCAGCAGCUAUGAAUACCCUGUGCCGGUUGUGCGAAGGCAGCCUCAAUAAAAAUCAAUAAAAACGUCCUCCUAAGGUAAGGAAAUAAAGCUUAUUCACCUCUACCCUAUUGGUUAAUCCCGAAGGAAGCUUCCCUGAGAGAGCUGCUAUAAGAUAAGCUCUUUUUCCAUUUAGUUUAGAGAGAGUAGCUUGCUUUCCGCGGUCUGCUAUUCCUUUCCUCUAAUGACUCAAUUUAAAACCUACCGAAAUGGCUCUUUAAAGAAGGGCUUGAUUCACAGGAAAAUUUUGAGAGGGUCGACCAGUCCAUUUAUCAUCCCACCACUCACCCAAGCAAGCUCUGGAGUUCAGGUGCUACAGAUUAGUGAAGCCCGAUCGUAAGUAACUUCCACAAAAGAUAUCUAGUUUUUGUCCUUCUCGGGUUCCAGUCCAAUCUUCUGCUGCUGCCCCCGGCCUAUACUUAAUUUUAGACUUUCUGGUCCAGGCCUCAGGCUUACACAAGUCUAAUUAUUCCGCUACCGAUAUUGGAUCUGAGCCUUCCUUGAAAGAAUCGCAAACAAAGAGUCAAUUGCUUAGCUUAUCGAGAUCGCCCCCUCUUUCUUUCCUUUUGCGCCAAAAUUCCUUUCUUUUUUCUAUUUAGCUUCUGCCACACAUUUGACACUGACACCAGGGCUCCACCUGAGGAUCACCCAGACGCACGAGCACAGACUGGUGUACACUCUCUGCACAUCGCGGGACUUAGGCCUUUGCAUGCAGCACCUGUCUUCCGCAGGUCUAGAGUAGCACAACUGAAGCAAAACCUUAUUUUCGGCAAUACGCGCCCGGGAGAGAGAGACAUCUCUCGUUAUUGCUGCCUUUCUUACUACUUUGACACAGUCGUCUACGUAAAGGUCUGCACUCAGGAGAGAUGCAGUCCCCCAUGUAUGACAUCUUUGAGCCUUCACUGAUGAAUGUUAAGAUGAAAGCACAAGAGACUAGCACCCUUUCUCAACCUAAGAAGCUUGCAUCUAGGAUUCAGACUAGCCCACAAUCUCAAAGAAAUUCCGAGAAUAAGAGUAAACCCAUGUCACAAAGCAAUCCCUUUCAUAAAAGAGAGACCAUCAAGAGUUCAGCACUACCAGACUACGGCCUCCACUCAGACAGGUCUAGAGGCGAAUUCGCAGUUUCAGCAGCAAUAAGUCCAGCAGACUCAGCUUCAACCGCAACAACUUCAAAGAGCCUCAGGCGCGAGAGCAGGUUAAACCAGUGCCGCUACAGCAUUCUCAGGUGAGACCAGAAAAAUAUCCCUUUCCGCUAGGUCAGUCUCAGCAAUACCUACAGCCUCUACCUCAACUUCAGGGGUCAGUCAAUACCUGGCAAGCCCCUGCUCAACCUUACCAAGAUCUUCUUCUAUCCAAAUAAUCCCGCUAGUAGCCCCUCAGCCUACGCAAUUCACUCCUCAAGACAAGAAAGCAACCUAUCUUACUAAUAAUGAAGGUUUUGGCUUGUCCCAAUUCUAAACCAAAUAAGAGUGCAGGAGACCUAGGUUAGAGGGUUUCUACGCGCUUUACUAAGAAAAAAAUAAGGGCUGAGGUGGAAGCAUUUCCAUCUAUAGUAACCUUAACAUCGACUAUGUUCAUGAAUAGUGGGUAUAGGUACCGAUCGGAGAAUAGCUUCAGGUAGCCCCUAUAGACGACAUCCGUGGGGUUCAUCGGAACUAUAUAACAAAGGUAUCCAUCAAUCAGUCAUCAAGUAUGAUCAAUCAAGCCCAUAAUCUAAAAUUUAUAUUCCGUCCCCCUUUUCAGUUGGAGUUACAUAGGAGAGGUCCAUUGGGGGCACUAGUUACUGGUUGGGUUACAUUGGUCCAUAGGCGCGCGAAUAGGGUCCUACCAGUCUAUUCUUUGGGUUGCCUUCAUAAAGUGUAAGUUCGAUUACAUCUAGUUCCAAGCGGUAAAGAAGGGCAAAAGAAAGCCUGUAGAAGUCUUUCCGGUCCCUCUGUCCGAGAAGAUAUGUUUGCGCGCACCGAUCUACUGCCCGAUUUCUGAAUGAUGUAUCUAGUGGAGGAUGGCUAUUGGCGCAGUAAAGCCCAAUUCUUCCUUGGUAGUUCCACGGAUCCGAACUUGAUCUGGAAUUACUUAAUUUCGUCAGGGCGGUGGAUGAGGUAGGUUAAAGCUUUAGUGCCGUUUAGUUUGUCUAGUCAGUGCACUUUUAAACAAGCGAAAUCGACCCAUACUCCUCAAAGAGUAGGACCACCCAACAAGCAUAACAGUUGCAAUCGUAGGGCACAAAGAGCUCGUUUGGUUUAGUCUUUGCCCCAAUUCAGCAUUAAUCGGGUAUUUGAAGCGUAUUGUUGUAACAAGGCCAGGAAUUCUUCAUAGAGUUGGUGUGCUCCUCUUUUUCGUUUAAGGAUAAGUGGGUAUGUCUUAUUAGGGUCGCUAUAGUCUAAGUAAGUAAUUUCCCACCUGGGUGGGGGAACCCGAAAAGACAAUGGCCGAUUCAUGUUAACAAUGGAAUUCGUAAUAAGCCCGCAGCGACUCAUGAGACUUUUUACUUUUCUAAUGUAAUUUUUUGAUCUAGCGAACUCAGCAGCUUUCCCAAUCAUGGGCACAAUCUGUUCCCGACGAAGGCCAAGCUCGCCCACAGCCCCUUGACCACACUCUCCCUUGUAGCCCUAUUAAAGACUUAUAUUCUCUAUAUAGGGAGGUGUAUGUGGGCUUUUUGACUCAUACUCUAGCUUCCCAGUUGGUGGAGGCACUAAGUAGCCUUUGGGUAUGACGAAAGGCUACAGCUAUGCAUAGGAAGUCUCAGUUAAUGGGAUGCCGGGUUCCCUUUGAGUGUAGAAAAGCUGCUGCUCGACUUGAAUUGAGGCUUCCAAUCUCCUAGCCUAGCCCAAUACCUGGGCAAGAAGGCUGGCUGGCUGCUCAAGCGUCUUUUCCAAGGAAUUGACCCCAGGGGAAUGGGAAUAACUUCAUUUCAAGUGAGACUAGUAGAAAGGUGCACGCAAAGGGAUUUUUAAGCAGGCUGAUGAAUGAAUGUGAAGAGCACCCUGAUAAAAGGAUUAUGAUCGUUAAUCGUUAGAGUUAGAAUGCCUUAUAAAGAUGAAGAUCUUAAUCGAUCUGCCUUUCUUUGUAAGUCAACAACUAACCCGAAUCCCCGGAAGAAGAGAGUUUAGGAUAGUUUUUUUAUCACGAAAAGCCCAGCGCUCGCGCUUCUUUAGAGUAAUCAGAAUUAUAAAGGAUAUCAAAAAUUUUAUGGCAUUACACUCUCUUCCUCUUUCUUUUUAGGGGUUACAGGGCUAUGCUCUUUCAAAGAGGGAAAGUGGGGCGGGCGAUUCUUAUUCCUGUACAGUUUCGUGUUCACGUCCAGUCUUCUCUGUCCACUAGUGCAGCUUCCAGCUCUAUGCUAUGUAUGGUAGUCGUUUGACUCGGGAAUCCCUUCGCCCAGCUAGCUCGUCCGUGCCUGGCUUAAGUAUUUGGCCUGGUACGCAGUCCAGUCCUCUUAUCCGGAUACCUCCAUUGAAUCAUGGUUUGAAGGCCCAAUUGUCCUAACAUCUUGGAAAGCAAAGGAUUAAAAUCAAGAGCUGAUAAGGUUUGGGAUAUUGUGGCCUUUGUUUGAUCUCAAUAUGAAGUAUCAUAAAGGUGAGAUCAAACCACCAAAAGCUCUGACUUCAAGUUUUAGUUUAGGUGGGACCCGGGUCUCUGGAGGCUUUACUGGUCAAGACUUCUUGGUCUUUGCUCGUGGCCUAAACCAACCACGGGCAAGGAGAGGUGUGGUGGUACUGGGAUUAAUCCUGGACACCACUCCUUCCAACGCCAUCUAUCAAAGUGAAUAGAAGUCCUCAAUCAACUUCCAGAGCAGAAGGAUUAGAUACUUACUCUUCACGAAAAAGAGCGAGGGUUACUGACAGUCGACCUACGGUAAUAGGUUUGAAGAUAUGGCAACAGGAUGUUUAUAGCGUACCGAGCCUAAUAGGCUUUCUGCUUCAAUAGCUCUACUCUCUCUUCAUUCUGGAAGAAAUGCCAGUGAGUCACGGACGAAGAGUUUGAAUCCUCUCUAAAGGCCUUAUAGGAAGGCUAGUGAGGCGGCCCUCAUAGAAUGGGAUUCGGACGGAAAAGCCAAAAUCCUAUGUUACUAAUCCGGGGCUUUGGUCAGAAUGUCUGUAAAGCAUGGCAUUAAGUAAGAAAUUACUUCUCUAAUCAAGUAUGUAGUACCUUGAAGUUUAGACUCUUCCCAACCAACCGUAAGAACUCAUACGAGCUGUAGUCGGACGUUAAUCAGUAAACGGUGUGAUGUUAGCAAUUGAAUGCGUAUCAGCUGUGAUCUUUUCUUCUGUGAUUGAAUCAGUAAGCGCUGCAGAUGUGAUUCAAUAUAAGACACUAUGUGCAGGAAAGAAGCCAAGUCCAGUAGCUUUUUAAUUAAAAAAGGAGAUGGGAACUUAUUAGAGUGUGGCCAAGCCAAGACUCGAGUGGCCAAGUGGAUGCAAAGACUAUAAAGCCACGGAGUCUCCCCCUGGUUCUAGAGUAGGUAGACUAAGAAGAAGGUACGGAAGAAGAAGAUAAAGGGUAGCUGGUUCACGAAAUGAAACUGACAAUCUCAACUUCCUUACUUACGAUAUAAUAAAGUAAUACACCAGCUCCAGGCUUUAAAGAAGAAAGACCUGGCUUCAAGGGCUUUAGCUUUGAGGAAAUAAAGAUCCCAAGCUUAUGCUGAAUUUAGAGUGGAUGUGCCUUGGUCUUCUGUGAGUUCCAGAGAUUUAGAUCAAGGUAGUUCAGUUCUACGAGGCUAAUUCCAUUCAGUCUUGCUGUGAAAUAAGCUCUUGCCAACCUCUGCGGAAUAUAGUCAGUGUACCGCGAGUAAAGUCAGGCGGUCAAGCGCACUCAGAAAGAUUACUUUUUUAAACGUUGAAGAUUUAGGUACAAUAGAGAAAAUAAUUCGCUCAGGUUCACAGAAAGAAUAAAGAAAGAAGGCUAUGGGAAAGAUCCCAGACCUGGCUCGCUCCAGGCAGAAAAAAUUCCUCCUCCCCCAGACCCGGCAUAAGAGAAGGGCUGAUAGCGCCUAUGUGUCAAAGGAGAGUUAUUGCCGGGGAUCCUCUUCUCCGAGAUCUUAGGUCUGCUGUUGAUUGUUGAUACGGCUUGGCUCCUGAUGCCAGGUCCGGGUAGGGAUAUGUGAGAUAAACUGCUGCUAGUGAGGGGCAUCUAUUCUACUCUGAUGCGAGGGAGGAAUGCGUAUUACGCUUUUAAGAAUCCAUGCCCUUCAUUGCAGGAUGAAUCAGAGAGUAGUAGUCUAUGCAAGAAGAGAAAGACGUCCCAGAUACAACCACCCAUUUCACUCAAAGAUAGUCUCGUUUGGCCUAAGGUGAAAGACGCGGAUUGCACAGAGAUUAACAUGAUAUAACCUCCGAUCCGGCCUCAACACAGGAAUAGCCCAGAUCUGCACAACGUUAUAUCCCAGAUCGUUCAUAAUGCACAAAAUAGGCCUACGUCCUACCAAGCCCCUCGAUCCACCUACCUAGUACCAGUUCCAUCACAACCGCAGCCCCUUGUUAUCACCAUUCCAAGCGCAUCAUUUUUCGCACCAAAGGUUCCGAAAAUCCUGACACUCAGACCCAUCCCAAAACCGAUGGUUAUCACCUAUCCACCCUCGAAGGGACCCAUCACUAUAAGCCUCCUGGAACCUAACACGGGAAAUCAUGCUGUGCCUUGGAAUUACGGCAUCGAGGCUACUACCGAACAAGGGGAAAAGAGCCCGAGGUAGGUGGCAGAAAUUGGAGGAAUGACUCGUUCUGGAAGAUGUUAUACUCCAGAAGAGUUGGAACUAAGAAGGAAGAAUCGAAAGGAUAAAAUGGGAGAUAUUUAACCUGUCAAGCAGCAGAGGAAGAAAUAAAGAACGGAAUUCUUGAGGAUCAUCAAGAACAGUGAAUUCAGUGUGGUUGAACAACUCAAUAAGAUGCCAGUCUAUCUGAGGUCUCCUGAUAGCAUCAGAAGCUCACAGGAAUGCCUUACUAAAAAUCCUCAAUGAACCCCAUGUCGCCUCCAAUAUUUCCACUAUAAAUCUGGUGGGACAAAAGGUUAUCACUUUUAGAGAAAAUGCUUCUUGCCUUAUCAGACUUAAGUCUGAACGUCUGGAAACCUAGGUGCAUCGUAUAUAUAGUAAGAUAGACAGACCCCAGGGAACUACCUUUCUUCGAAGCGCGACAGGUCUACUUUUCAUAUUCCCGUAGAUAAAGAACGAGAGUCGGCUUCCUUAAAUCUGUUCUUCCUCAGUAAGAAGAGGGGGAAUAUAGUAGUGCCCCAAUUCUUCACUUUGAACCCCUCCUUUGACUUUCCUAAGGCAUAUUCGGGGAGGAGCCUAUUUUAAUUUUUUUAAUUAAUUCCUGCUAUAGUCACUUCAACUGCUUAUGAAUGUAGUUCCCAGAUUGCGAAGUUAAAGCGGAAUUCCUUUCAUUUAACUUGUGACGGUCAUUCCCCUGUAGAAAAGAGGGAAAAUAUAAGAUUUCUUUUUGCUCGCAAUAAAGUUAGCGUCCUGAUGUCCCUUGUGUCGUUGAAAGGAGUCUAAAGCCAGAUAAGAUCAUUCCCUAAGGGACUAGUCCUUCUAUCUUACUUCUUCUACCCAAUCAGCAUGAAAAGGCAUUGAAGGGUGCAAGACUUCUAUCUUUCUGCCACUUCGUCUUGUACCUGUCCUUUUGGGACAGCCUCUCUCUUCACACCUUGAACCAGGACUAAAACCUAUCCCUUCUAUUAUGAAUAAAUCCUACUUAACCGCUAAAGGAACGUAGUUGCAUUUCUAUAAGGAGAGGGAUUUAAGCUUGUUUGAUAGAAUAAGGGACAGGUAUGUUUAAUUGCAGGUUCUUUAGAGCUUGGAGUUUAGAAGCAUACUUGUUAGAGUCAGGAGCGGAGAUACUCGACUGAUAAGGAGAGGAACGAAGUAGCGUGUUGUUGAUAGAACAAGGUAUGAAGUAGCUCGACAUUAUAAAAGGAGAGGGGUUGGCUGGCUUCCCAUCGAUAGGUGAUACCCUAAUUAUAGCAUGCUUCCUUUCUCUGGGUAUGCCUUCGGCUUCUUCCUCAGGGUCAUCCCCUGAAUGAAAAUUAUGGGACUACGGAAAGGCUAAAGUCUGAUUACCUGUUAUUCAAGUAGCAAGGCUUGGUCUUCUGUGAGUGAAAGAACCCGGAGCAAUUGGCUGAACUGACCCUAGCUCGAGAAACUUCUAUCCCCGCUUUUGUUCAAUUAUAAAUAAAUAACAAGCAAGUUUGAUGGAGAUUUGUAGCAUCAUUCAAGUAAAUACAGAUUGAGAUCGUAGAAACAUGAGCUUGUGAUAUAGCUACACCUAAUUCCGGACCGGUUAAUGCAAGAACUAUAAAUAAAGGACCAAGAUCUCCUAUGAAAUAUAAAAGAUCAUUCAUACAUAGCAUAGUCCAAGCGAACCCACUUAAAAUCUUUACUAAACUAUGACCGGCCAUCAUAUUAGCAAAUAAACGUAUUCCUAAGCUUAAUGCGCGAAAACAAUAAGAGAUUAGCUCAAGGAGUACUAAAAAAGGCGCUAACGGCAGUGGGACUCCUGCGGGUAAUAAGAAGCUUAAAAAAUGAAG